AGGUAUUAUAGUGAACUGGAGGGAUUACUUGAAUUCAGUCCUUUGACGAUCAUUCCGACCGCUCUGAUAAGAAUCCAUAAGGAACAGACCAUAAUCAACUUUAUCUAUAAUCCAAUUCAGGAAAAUCCGCGCUGGCAUUAUGUAAUAAUUACCCAUAAGUCAUUUCGUUCACGAAGACGAUGCUGAGAUGCGGACGCGCACAUUUCUAAUAAUUAUGGCGAAGUAUAGCAAAGAAGAUUAUUUUGUUGGCGAAGACUUCGAUAACUUAAGCGAUUUCAGUUUUGAUGAAGACGAUUUGAAUGAGUUUGAACAUGAAUGCUUACAAGACGACAAGGAGAAUACAGAAAGUGACAAUCAUGGUAAUGCAGAGAAAACUGACGAACCAACUACUGAAGAAUCAAACAAAAGAAAAAAGGGAAAUUCAAAGCCGAAGAAGAAAGUAAAGUGCCCUAAGCGACCAGAAUGCAAUAUAUCAGAAAAACAAAUAUUAGAAAAAUGCAAAUUGUUGGAUGUACUUCUCGCAAUAAAAUCGAAUCCCUUGUUCACAGACUGUGAAAAUGGUGAGGAUCUAUUGAAGAUAAUUAGGAGUGUAGAGCAAGCAUUUCUGAAUGAAGUUUCGGACUUACCCAAAUUUGCUGAGGAUAUUGUCAGAAAAAUAAUAGCUGCAAUUGAAGCAGGAGACAAGAAGAAAAUAGGAGCACAGUCAAAUGACAUAUUAAGUGAAGAGAUCCACAAGUUGAACUAUGAUAGCUUAAAGCAAACUUUCAAAUGUAUUAUUGCACGUGAAUGCAAAAUACGGAACAAUUUUUUAGUAAAUUUUCUCUAUGGACAAAUCAUUAGUGAACUUUAUAAGAUAGUGCUGCCACUUAAACACAGUUCCAAACCGAAAGAAAAUGCUGAACAUGCUUGCACCCUUACAAAAGCAGAGGAGCAAAUUGUCAGGUAUGUUGCUGGCUACAUACCCUUUGCAUUGAUUAAGAGAUACAAAAAGCACUCAAACUCUGUGUCGAAAGCAUAUUUGCAGGUACUGCAAUGCCUGAAAAUAGAUGCCGAGAAUGAAGAAGACUUCACCCAGAAAUGGAUAUCAAUGCAAGAUAGAGGUGGUCUCUUCAAGGUUAAUGACAAGGCAUAUGAACUUUUCAGUAUGAUGGAAAAAAUCACUAAAGGCUGUCUGCAUAAAGAUGACUUAACCAGGUUUCAAACUGAAAGUAUGCAGCAGUUUCUAACAGAGCAAAUAAUGGAGAACUCAUUAACACAAAACUACUGGUAUGGCUUAAUGGAAGGGACACUCUCGGGAGAGGCAAGUCGAAAGCUGCUGCAUACUAUUGUGGAGUACUAUGCCAAAAUUCGAUGUAAAAGCUUUGUGAAAUCAAUUGUAAACAUUAGGAAGUUGCAGAAAGACCCCACAAUUUCAAAGAAAUUCGAAAAAGGGCUUAGGAAAACACUAGAUAAAUAGAAACACUAUACAACACUUUCAACUAAUGUCUUUUAAUUUUCAUCUUUCAUAUAUUUCAUUAGUGUCUCUACACAGUACUGAAUUUAUUUCAUUACUGUUACUAUUUGGUAAAUAUACAAUGGAUUUAAAAUGAAUAAUAUAAGUAACCAGGAUCUUAUACAAUGUUUCAUUUCAUUUUGAUAUGUUACUGUACAUCUCAUUUUUUUAUUUUCAACCAGGAGAUUCAAAAUGAAUUUAUUUCAUUGCAGUUACUAUUUUGUAAAUACUGUAUACUAAAAUAAAAAAAUAAUAUGAAUAAUUGAAUAACCAAGAUCUUAUGAUAUUUAUACAAUAUUUAAUCCCAUUUUGAUACGUUACUGUACAUCUCAUUUUUUAUUUUCAAAUGGGAAACUCAAUGGGAAAUGCUGUUACGAUUUUGUAAAUACACUGAAAUGUAAAACAGAUUUUAAAAUGAAUAAAGUAACCAAGAUCUUA